UCCAGUGUGCGCACAGCUUCAGGAGGAACAAGAGCUCACACAGGGCAAUGCUGGAGGAAACAAAGUAAGUGUGUUAAGUUUGAGGGAAUAUGAUGUUUUUACGCACAAAUGAUGGAUGCCAUUGAUCCAUACAGCCGCCCCGCGCGCCGGACGCAAUGGAUAGUGAGCACCCUGGCUUACCACUACGGACUGGACCGGGGGGUGGAGAACGAGAUCAUAGUUCUGGCCACCGGCUUGGAUCAAUACCUGCAGGAGAUUUUCCAUCACAUGGACUACCAGGGCGCAGGAAAAGUCUCCGUGGAGGAUUUUAACAUCUUGUGUGAAGUUUUGGGGCUGAACAAAGAGGUGGAUACUGAAUGCAGUUUGGAGAGUUUACCCAGCGAGCUCACUUUCAGACACUUCCACGCCAAACUGUGCGGAUACUUCAGCACCAAGGCGGGGUGUCAGUAUGAAAACGGCCGGUUGUUGGUGGGGAAGGACAGCGAGCACAUCGAGACUCAGAUCCGCCUGAGGAGCCCUCUGAGGCGGCGGGAGAAGCUGCUGUCUGCCGGGCUGGGUGAAGCCUCGGAGGGUCGGCACGCCUCCGGCUGCAGGCUGGGAUCCUGCACCAAAGAGUGCUAUGAGGAGAUUGUGGCUCUGGAGGAAGCAGAAGACCGAGUAGUGAAGCUGGAGGAUGAGAAUGCGAGUUUGAGGGAGCUGAUCGAGGACAUGAGAGCCGCGUUACAGAGCAGCGAUGCCCGCUGUAUGGCCCUGCAGGUAGGACUAUGGAAGAGCCACUCCAAACAUAAACCAGAGGAAAGCUGCGUCGCUGCUCUCCAAACACAAGAAGCCCAGCACGGUUUGAGCAACAGCAACCUGAAGAGUCUGCAGAACAUCAUCCAGGAGAUCGAGCUGCUGCGAGGAUCCAGAGAGCGACAUGCAGAGGAGGCCAUGUUGAGUAACGAGAGACUGGAGCAGGAGCUGUGGAGCUCUAGAGAGACUGUGGCUGCUCUAGAGGACUGCAACCGAACCCUAAAGAGGGAGCAGGUGGGCAUGAGGAGGAAGGUGGAGGAGGCCAGGCAGGCGUUGCUCAACGGUCUGGGGAAGGUGAAGGAACUGGAGGCCAAAGCCAAUCAUGUUCCAGUUCUGCAGAGACACAUCCUGCAGCUGGAGUCAGAGCUCCUCUACUACAGGUCGGAGGUGUCAAAACUACAACUCCCAGGAAGCACCAGGGCAGAUCUGAGUGUUGGUGAAAGGCAGAACCAGAGAUGUUGCUCGGACUCCCAACACGACCGAUGUUCCCCGACAGGAAGAGCUGUGACGACCCCGGAUAAAAUGGAGGAACAGCUGUUUCGUUCUGUGGAAGGCCAGGCAGCGUCUGAUGAGGAAGACGAUAAAUGGACCGAGGAUCAGCAGAGGCAGGUGGACGAGGUGAAGAGGAUCCUGACCAAGCUGUCCUGCUGUGGGGAAAGGUGCGACGACAAGGCGUUGAAGAAGCUGAUGUCUCACUACGGCAGCUCCAGGAGCGAGGAGAGCUGCAGCGCUGUGCUGGAGCUGCUGGAGAGAGUGACCCGGCUGAACAAACAUCUGGAGCUGAAGGAGAGCCGCGCCGAGGUAGACAUGGAGCAGAUGAAGGACUCUCUGGUGCAGGAGCUCCAGCAGAAGGCCGAGGAGACGGAGCUGCUCCAGGUGGAGCUUCAGAUGCUGGAAACUGAGAGGGUUCGUCUGUCUCUGGUGGAGGAGAAGCUGGUCGACAUCCUGCAGCUCCUCCAGCAGCUCAGAGACCUGAAUGUCUCGCGGAGGUCUCUGGGGAAAAUCCUGCUCAGCACGCUGGGCUGCUGCAGCGACCCUCAGCACGGUAAAGCCCACAUCCUGGAGGUGCUGAACGCUCUCUACCAUGAGCUGGCUGCCUGUGAGAUCCUCUCUGCUGCUGGUCCUCUGGAGAGAACGCAGAGUCAGCAGUCUCUGAACGCCCUGGUCAUCUCCUGCUGAACACCGCCUCCUGCUGGGCCAGUCAAGCUGUGUACAGUGUAUUAUAUUGUAGCAUUCAUACUCCUCAGAUCCUAUUAUCUAUAAAGGGAUUUUAGUCUAGAUGCAUUAACUAGUAUAGCAAAGGGGCUUCAUUACAUAUUAACAUUCCAGUUGCCCUCGGGUCGAAUCUGACCCGUUUCUAAAUGGACUAUUUUAGCUUAUUGCCACAAAAACAACAUGGAGGAUUUCAUACUACGUUCUUUGUAAGAAAAAUGAAUGGUCACUACUUUCAUUGAAUUCUGCGUGUUUUUGUAUUUAUAGUAUCUGGUGUCAUUACAUGCUGCCAUCAAAUAUUUGAAAUGGUUUUAAAACAGUAUCAAGACUAAAUGUUGACAUGUAAUAGUUUAUUCACCAAGAUGGGUUCCACUGAACUAAAGUCAAAGUAAUAUUUGUUUUUGCCUUUUAUCACCCAAAAUAAGGUUUAGUUUUGUGUAAAUGAGGUAUAUUGACCAUAAAUCCCAUAAACAAGUAAAACUUGUGUUGUGAAUUGGAACUAAGUUUAAAACGUGCACAGACAUGGGGGAUGAUGUGCUUUAUAGACCGUGAAACCAGGACAAAAGUUGCCAGUUGACGGGAAGACAACCCAUAAAUUAAGAAAAAUUGAUGCAUAUACUUGUUUAUUUCAUGAUCUUCUAAUUGUACAUAACUCUUUCAUGAUCCAAUAUGGAUUUUCUUUUUCCCACAACAAAGUGCUGAAUGUGAACAUGUUAAAUAAGCUAAACUUUAAAAGGGCAUAAAGGUAGUCUGUGAAAUGGAUCGACAUUUAAGAAACCUUCCUCAUUCAUGUAAAUGGUCAGAAGUAGCAUGACAAGGUAGUGUUUUUACAAAGGCCUCUGCAGAGACACCAAUACUUUGGAGUAAACACUAUUUGUGUUUACUUUGCGACGCUAAGGCAUGAUGAAGUUCUACAUAAAUGUUAUGGAUACAGUAUAUUUGCCAUUAACCUGCUAAGCUUUUUGAUGUGUUAAGGUUGGAUGUUAAUGUUGAUAUCUUUAGACUUGGUCUAUUAUGGUGCUAAAAUAGGACAUGGUUAACAUGGGAGGGGACAAGGGUGGCCAAAAUGCAUCAUUCGUUCUGGGUUCUGAGCCUUAAGUACACAGGCUUAUCAUGUAUUCAGAAUAUUGAAUUGGGUUUCAUUUAGUUGCCAUACGUUGGUCAAACAUAUUUGAAUUGAAGGGCCAUUUUUUGCAGCCGCUGAAUUGGGACACAGCUACUGCUUGUCGCUGAUCACAGAACAAUCUACAAGUCAGAUAGAUUCUUCGACAUGUUGACAACCAACAAGAACGAUUCAAACAAACAAUUGUUCGACAAUUCACUGUCAUUGUUGUUUUCUAAUGAGAGAUGCAAAACCGCUCACUGGUGUUAUUAAAUCCUGCCAUUAAAGCCUUUGACUACACA